GGGGUCAGAUGAAGAGCAAAGGCCUGGAUCUCUCACACCCUUCUCUCUCCUGCCACUCUGGCUCAUUGCAGACACACCAGGGGGGAACCCUGAAAACUGCCCUACUCAGUGGGAGCCCUGGAGAUUUCCAGCAGACUCAAGGAGCUCACCUUCAUUCCUUCCUGUCUGACUCCCCCUUUCCCAGGUUCCAAGCCCGGCACCCAUUAGCCAUGAUCCAGCUCCGGGUCACCCCUGAGACGUCGCUGGCCGACACGCCGGUGAGGAUCCACGUCUCCGGCCUAGCGCCCACCCAGCUGGUGACCCUGCAGUCGUCGCUGACGGACGAGAGGGGGGUGCUCUUCCAGGCCCGAGCCUUCUACCGGGCAGACGAGGCUGGGGAGGUGGACGUGGAGCGGGCGGCUGCCACGGGGGGCGACUACGUGGGUGUCUGGCCCAUGGGCCUCUUCUGGUUCCUCAAGCCGGAGAAGCUCUUCCACAGGCUGAUGAAACGGGAUGUGAUGAACAGCCCCUUUUGCUUCCAGCUUGACCUCUUUGACUCCUGCCAGCUUCUUCCCUCACCCCAGGUGGUGCCCCUGGCCACUUGCACCGUGGAGAGGUGGUAUGUGGGCCCCGGAGUGGAGCGUGUCCCGAUCAAGGAGGGCCAGAUCCGAGGGACCCUAUUCCUGCCCCCUGGUCCAGGCCCCUUUCCGGGGGUGAUCGACAUGUUUGGCGGGGCCGGCGGGCUCAUUGAGUUCCGAGCCAGCCUGCUCGCCAGCCGGGGCUACGCCGUACUGGCGCUGGCGUUCUUUGGCUAUGACGACCUGCCACGGGUGCUGGCAGAGGUGGACCUGGAGUAUUUCGAGGAAGCAGCCAACCUGCUCUUGAAACACCCCAAGGUGAGAGGCCCAGGCCUCGGAGUGAUCGGGGUGUCCAAAGGGGCUGAGGUCGCGCUGGCCAUGGCUGCCUUCUUAGAGCAGGUGGUGGCCACCGUCUGGAUCAAUGGCACAGGAUUCCUGAAUGGCACGCCACUGCGUUACAAAGGGGUCCACAUCCCCCACAUCCCCUACUGCCCUGAGCGGCUGCUCAUCACAGAGAUGGGGGUCCUGGACAACUACCACGUCUUCAAGGACCCCCGGGACCCGGCCCACGCGACUGCCGCCAUCCCUGUGGAGAAGGCUCAAGGGGAGGUGCUCUUCGUGGUGGGAGAAGCCGACCGCAGUUUUAACAGCAAACUGUUUGCUGAGAUGGCCAUAGAGAGGAUGAAGAGCCAUGGGAAGAAGAACUAUACCCUGCUCUCUUACCCCGGGGCCGGGCACCUCAUCGAACCGCCGGGGUCCCCACUGUGCAGCAUCUCUCUCAUCCGGGGGAGCCCCAAACCUGUGCACUGGGGGGGUGAGCCAGAGCCCCAUGCCAAAGCUCAGGAGCAUUCCUGGCAGGAGAUCCUGAACUUCCUUGACCGCUGUCUCGUACCCACCAGCAACCUGUAACAGCCAAGGGAGUGGGGGGCCAGGGGGACCCCCUCCUGCCAGGCUGGGAGAGCUCCUCCCAUCCCCCCCAGCCUGAUCAACAUAAUAAAUACUGAGAACAUAGAAAGAAUCUGUGGGAAACUUCCAGGGGAGCACUGGGGAUGGGGGUGGGGGCAAGGGCAAGUGCCCACACAAGGAAGCAGGCUGGCCUGCUGCUUAAGGCACUGCCCUGGAUUUGGGAGACCUAGGCUCAACUCUCAGCCCUGCUGCUGACACCGUGGGUGGGUCACUGAAUCUUUCUAAGCCUCUGUUCCCUGUCUGUAAAAUGGGGAUAAUGCUUCUCCCUUGUCUGCGUACACAGCAAGCUCAUCGAUGGAAUGAGCAGCUCUUAGUGUGUGUGUGGUGCCCAGCUCACGGAGCCUGGCUCAGAGUCUGAAGUGCUACUGGAAUCUAGCUGGUAAAGAGGGCUAUGUAGGGGAGGGCACCACUUUGAAGGGAGGAGGGGACACCCUGCAUUUAUAGGCAGGGGAAUCCACAGGAGAUAAUUAGUUUAGAUACAAGGGAACAGGUAUGCCCCAUUAGGUUAUAACUAAGGCUAAGAUUUUUUCACAGAUAUUUUUAG